CCUCAAUGGUUCCGGAAACAAAACGAUGAGAGGUGAUUGAAAUUUUAUUUGUGGGGUAGGUACACAACGUUUGUUUGUAGCGUUUUAGCGGUAUUUUCCCUCUUGGUUCCGUGAAUUUGUGUUGAACUGUAGACGUAAUCACUAUAAUCAGAAAUAAUCAGCAGUUGGUAAUAAAACCUGUCGUGUACUCUUAGUUUAUACUCCAUAGACAUUGCACACUAUUUAAUAUCUGUACAUAAACUGGAUAUUAUGUGAUGUAUAAACCGGAACAUAGGGCCGGUUUUCGGUUAUUUUAGUAAACAAAAUAAAUUGAACUGAAAUUUCAUACACAACAAUUCUGUGAUAUAAAUGAUAUAACCGUAAUCUAUAAUAUACAUACAGGUAUACCGCAUAGUGUGUACAGUAUAAUAUAUAUAUAUAUAAAUAUUGUAUGUAUAUGUAUAUAAACAUUAUGAGGAGAGAAAUUAGAAAAAACAAAUUGAACUAAUCCGGUAUGUUGUAGUCGAGUCUAUUGAGUGUAGUGUGUGAUUUCGAUUUGAGUGUUGCGAUUACAUCGUCGUCCGUCCCUAUGCGUUUGUGUUAUUGACGAAUUUUUGCAGAUAUUCCAUCAACGCCAUGGCCUACAUAAUAAAACGCUGACAUCUGCAAUAAUUUGUUUCUAGGUACUUAUAAAAUCAAUACACUUUACUUGAAAUAUAUAUAAUUAAUAUUAAAUAAUAUAAUAAUUGUUAUUGUGAAUUUCUUUUAAUAAUGCAAUCUUUGUGUUAAGCAGAAAACUCAAGUAGACAGUGCACAAACGGCCAUGAGAAACAUUUGUCAGUGUGAUGAAUGAGGACGAGAUAGCCGAUAAGGUAUACGAGGAGAGAGAAAGAAUUGUUGAUUUGUACAGGAAUGGACCCGGAGAUGGAACAAUAAUAGACCCUGUUGAUGAUCCUACAUUCGAUGACUACCACAAGCUUGAUAGAUUUGGCUUCAUAUGGUAUAUAAUAAUUAUUAUGUAGUUUUUAUUUUGGUUAAAACUGAAUUUGAUUUUUUUACCUAGUGAUGAAUCAAAAUUGAAAAAAGAAGAUCCUCAAGAAAUAAAAAUUGAACGAUCCAGAGAACAAAAAUGGGUAAAAAUGAUCAACAAUUGGGACCGUAUGUCUUCAGAAAAGCUUAAAAGACGUGUUUAUAAAGGCAUUCCAAAUUCAUUACGAGGUAAAGUGUGGGCAAAACUAUUACAUGUCGAUCAACUUACUGAUGAUCAGAAAAAUAAAUACAAGGUAAUUAUUUAAGUUUACAUAUACUUAUUUCAGUUGUAUGUGUUUAUCUUUUAAAAAUAAAUUUUAUUUGAAUUGAUUUAAAGUAAAUUAUUUACAUUUAAAUGUAAUCGCAAAAUAAAAUUGUAUACAUUUUGUAAUAUUACAAAGUCACUAUAGUUAUUACUAUAAAUAUACUUCAAAUGUAAUUAGUAAUUUAUUCUUAUACCUUUAAAAUAAUAGUACCUAAUACUUAAUGUUAUUAAUAAAUAUAUGUCUUGUAUAGCAUAUGUGUGAAUUAGCAUGGGAGCAUUCACCAGAUGUAAGACAAAUUGAUCUAGAUGUGAAUCGAACAUAUCGAGAACACAUUAAUUUUCGCAAACGUUAUGACCUCAAACAGCAAGAGCUAUUCAACAUACUAUCAGCAUAUAGUAUUUAUAAUUUGGACAUUGGAUACACACAGGGCAUGUCACAAAUUGCUGCUUUAUUGUUAAUGUAUUUAAGUGAAGAUGAAGCUUUCUGGGCUUUGUCUACUCUUAUUUCUGAUAGCAAAUAUAAUAUGCACGGUAAGUUAAUUAAUUAUGUACACAUAUUUCACACAUAUAUGUAAUUACACUCUAUCAAAAAUAAAUCUAACCUUAGCUUAAAAUAUCUCAAUUGUAAUACUUCAAAGUUUGAACUAUCCAAAAUUUGAAAAUAAUAUAAAAUUGAUCUGAUGAGAAUUUAAAUAUUACAAUAGAUCUGGUAUUAAUAAAAAAUGUUAAAUAAAAUAUAUUUUAUUGAAUUUUAGAUAUUAUUUUAAUAGAAUUUGUUUCACUAACUUAAUGAUGUAAUGCUAUAUAUAUCAAAAGUUAUUUAUUUGCUUGAAUAAACUUCACUCAUAAAUUAAAUUCUAAUAUUUUAGGAUUUUUUAUACCUGGUUUUCCUAAGCUAAUACGAUUUCAACAUCACCAUGAUACAGUAAUGGAAAAAUUAUUACCAAAAUUGAAAAGACAUUUAGAUAGAAAUGGAGUUGAAACUGGAUUAUAUACUUUAAAAUGGUUUUUCCAAUGUUUUCUAGACAGAGUAAGUUCACUUAUUCAUUGGUUUUUUAAAUCAUAUUGAUUUUAUCAUUAAAUAUCAAAAAUUAUAAAAUAUGAGUAUUGAUAUUUAGAUACCGUUCAAAUUAACUUUAAGAGUUUGGGAUAUAUUUUUACUAGAAGGAGAUAAAAUAUUAUCCGCCAUGGCAUAUUGUUUAUUAAAAUUACAUAGAACUCAGUUGUAUGCUUUAGGAAUGGAUGAUAUACUUAACUUUUUGCAGGUGAGUUAAAUAAUAUGUAAUAUUUUAAUUAUUUAUACAAUACAUUCAUUAUUAAACUAGGUUUUUUAAAUCUAAAAUUGUUUUUAUAAUUAACUUAUUAAUAACAUAGCAUUUUCUAUAAUUUAUCUUGAAAUAACAUUUUAAAUCUAUACAAUUAUAAAAUUAUCAUUGCAUUUUAAUUCAAUUUAGUUAUCACUAACAAUUAUGUAUCUAUUCACAAAAAAGUGUAAAUAUUCAGUUUAGAUAAAAACAAAAUAAUUUAUAAUUGUUAAGAUAUUUGCUAGUUAAUUUUUUAUAUUCAAAUUAACUUCAUAAUAAUAAAUAACUAACCUAGUUAACGUUUCAAAUUAAUAGUUAUCUGAUAAAAAAAUUGAUUAUUUUAUUUUUUUACAUUAUUUAGUAUCUAAACUUUCUAAAUUUUUUAAAUUAUUUAGGUAAAAUUAGAACAAAAUUACCAGCAUACAGCAGAUUAUACUAUUGAAAAAUUGCAAGAUUGUCUUGCCGAAUUAAAAAAAAAUAAAUUAGACAAUGCCGGCCCACCAUCUCAAAAUGAACAGUUAUUAAGAGAACUCGGUAUAUUUAAUCCUAAUGAUAUACCUGUUAGAAAGGUAAUUUUUAAGCUAUCAUUAAUAAAUUCUUAAUAAAAAUUACAAUAAAUAUGCCUAAAUGUAUACAUUUUAAAUUUUUUAUAUUUUUAUUUUAGCCCCAAACCAAUGGAGUAGACAAAAUGAGAAAACCUCUCAAUAAUGAUCAAGUUAAUAGUUCACCUGAACAGGAUUCUCAAUGCCAAGGUGAGUGGACUAGAUUGUGAACACUUGCCUGAUGAUAUAAUUUAACUAUGGUGUCUAUAGAAACUAGUCUUCCAUUUCAUUUUAUUUCACAGAAAAUAUUUUAAACAAUUUGCAUAUAGAUAGGAUAUAUAUAUAUAUAUAUAAUAUUAUUAUAAUGUUAAUAUAUAUAUAUAUAAACAUACUUAUAACUUAUACUGCCUUGCAUCCUUAUUUAUUUAAUCUUCAUUUUUAACAGCAUCAUUAAAAUGUUGUAAUAGUUAUUUAUUUAUAGACAUUUUUAAGUUAUUUUUUUUAUUAUUAUAUUUUGUUUCAUUAUUAUAAAUAGUUUUAUUUGUUAUAUACCUAAAGUCUUGUUAUUUUUAGUAUAAAUUUAUUAUAACUUUUAUUAAUAUAAGUAUUGUAUACAGAUAUUUUAUUAGCCUUGUUAAAUUAAAAAUCUCAUAUUAUAUCUAGUAAUUGAAAUAUCUUGGAUAUGUAUUUUUCUUUUGGAAAUUGUGGCUGGUUAAAUUUUAAAACUUAAGACUUUCUAAAGUCAUAAAAGCUUAUUUAAAGAACUAAUCCUUUUUAUGGAGUAUGCAAAUUAGUCCCUCUAUUUAACAAUUUAAUUUUUAAAAUAAAAAAUUUACAAUACCAGUGUUGUAAAGUACUACCAUAGACUUUUGUACUAGAAAAUACUGAAAAGUAAUUUGUAUUCGUAAUGUUAGUAAAUAUGUAUAAAGACAAAAAUUACUAUGAUUAAUUUAAAUGUUAAGUUCUUAUUUAAAUGAUUUUCUUAUAUUUGAAUGUUGAUUAAAUUAUUUUUCCUUAGUAAAUAAUUACAUAGUUAAUUUAGACCUAUGUAUUAAAUUAUAGUUGCCUUAUUGCUUAUGAAAUAAAAAUAUCUAAUCUGUUAAAAAAACAAUAAAAACAUAAUAUCCAUGAGAACCUUACCUUUACUUAUUCAAAAUGAAUUUUCAGAGAACAAAUAAUUGAUUAAAUUUGUAUAUAUUAUGUUUUAAAUGUAUUGAAUUUUUAGAAUAUUAAAGAUACUCUAGUACAUUGGUUCUUAAUCUUUUUAUGACUUACAUGGUUUCACGUUUCAAAAAGUUUAAAACAGCUAAGAAAUCAAAAAAUUACCUCCCUAAAUUAUCACCCCAGUCAGAUUUUAGAAACUUGAAGAUUGAAGCAGAAUUUCCGGUAGAAAAGUUAUUUACAAAUAACAAAAAAAUAAAUAAAUAAACACCAUUGUGAAACCAACACAUUCUUUGCUCCGCUAAGAAUCUAUAAAAACAUAAAUUUCUAUAUAACUUAAAACAAUUUUUGUGACCCACCAAAAAUUGACCCGGUACUCACCAGUGAGUUGCGAUCCACAGUUUUAAAAACGCUGCUCUAGUAGUCUAGUGAAUACUGUAUCAUACUUUAAAUAAAUAAUUUUCUUAUAAAUUAAAUUUAUGUUUACAAAAAGAAAACGUGUCUAUGUGUCUAGCAAUUGUUUAUAUUUGAAUGCAAGUACAUAACAACAUUUUUUACUAUUAUUUUUUUGGGAGUCACUUAUGCACAUUUACCAAAUAUUUAUCAAAUUAUUUUAUUUUAUUAAUGCCAAACAGCAAUUUACAAAGAAUUAAUGAAAAUACUUAAAUUAAGGUGAAUUAUAAAUUUUAAAACUACUUAUUGCAUUUAAUUUCUGUUAUAUAUAUAAAAAAAAAUAUUUUUGUUUGUUGUGUUUUUAAUUUAAAUUGCACUUUUACAUCUAUCACACAUAAAAUAUUGUUACCUUUAUCUAAACUAUUGAUUUUGUGUAACAAAUAAUAUGUCUUUGGUUAAUGUGUAUAAUUAUAAACAUGUUGUUAAUUUUUAUACAAUUAUAGAACAAAUAACUAUAAUAAUGUAAAAUAAAUGAAUACAUUGAUUCAUAAAUUACUUUUAUGGAAAAUAUGAUAAUAGCACAAUUAUUUUUUUUUAAUUAGUAGAUACGUUUACCAAGUUAAGUCAUGCUUAUAAUGUAUUGCCUAUAAAAAAAAAAUCAUCACGUAUUGCACAUAAAAAAUGAUUUAUGUAAAAAUUGGUUUAUUUUGAUAAUCCCUUAUACAAGGUGAGUAAGACAAAAUUUAAAAAUCUGUUUUACUAAACAUAAUACAUUUUAACAUUUCAAAUACAAAUUGGAUUUGUAUGAACUUAUAACUGUUAUAACCAGAAAAUAUAUUACAAUUAAAACUAACAAACAAUUUAAUUUUAAUUUAUUAAAAUAUUCAUAACAGUAUUUGUUUAAAUAUCAAUAUAAUUCUGUUAUAUCAAAGUUUAGGAUACCCUAUCAAAUUUUUUUCAAGUCUAAUUUACAUAUUAUGUGUACAAUAAACAUAAGUAAUAAUAAUAAUAAUACAGAUAAAAUAGCAAGUAGACCUUAAUUCAAAUGUUAUUAUCCAAAAACAUUUAAAGUUGAACAAUAUUUUUAUAUAAUAGUAUAUAGUGUAUAUUUAUAUACUAUAUAAAGAUGUAUAGGAAUUUAAUGAAAUAUUGAUAUUGAAAGCAUCACUGUUAUUGACUGUUAUUUAUUGGAAGUUAAUUUAUUUUAAAAAUCCAUUUUAAUUUUAAAUCAUGGUCUGUUUAUAUUAUUAUUUUUCAGGUUCAAUUGCUACAAAUGGAAAAAACAGCAUGGAUGAUGUUAGCUCAAUUGUUGGAGAUGGGUCCAGACGUUCAUUGCUAGAUACCAGUGUUACUUCUGCAGCUACAACAACCGUAUCUCCACAAAGUAUACAAAAUGAUGAUGACGAAUCGGAUGUUACGUGUGUGAGCCCACAACCCGAUGUGCUUCGCAUUUAUGUUCCGUACGAUACUCCCACAAAAAAAUCUUCUUCUUUACCAAAUAAGAUUACAACAAUACAGGUGAUGGAUGAGAUGGCUACACCUACUGUUGAAACAGACGGUAUGUUCAAAGUGGUAUCUACUAUAAACUAAUUAAUUGCACUAAGAUAUAUAUUAGUGAUGUACUAAUUUGGCUGUGAUUGAAUUUGGUUGGUGUUUACUCAAAAGUCUACCAGCAGCACUAAUUUCAUGUAAAUUAGUUUUAUAAUUUUUAUAUUGUUGUUGUUUAUGUAAACAAUUUUUUUUUUUUUGUCAAGACUUCAAAGCAAAAUUGCACAAUCCCUCAUAUUUUUUUUUUACCCUAUUCUAGUAAUAAAUUUAUAAUAUAGGAGGUGCAAAUAUUUUUCAAUAAUUAUGUAAUGUACAAUAAGUAUUAUAACCCUCUAUAAGUCAUUAAUUAUAGAUAACUGUGUAGUUGAAGAAGGUGCAAAAUUGUAUUACUAUUUGUUAAGUUGUACACUACUAAACUAAAGUAUACCAUUUACAAUUUAAUAAUAAAGCCCGUCUGAAAUAUGAAAUAUGAUCAAAUUUUGUUUGUAUCAAAUAAAUAAAUGUAUCUAAUAGUAUCACGAAAAGCAAAGUAGAUGUGAGAAUAUGAUAGAUAUGUAUUUGGUGUGUUUAAUGUAAUAUGCAAUUCUUACAUUUUAUCCAUAAUUUAAAAUAA